GGGAAUUGGGGGAGGCGUGGUGCAGGGUACGCUCGCCCGCUUUCCUUUCCCGCGUCCCUCGGGGAGCGCGGCCUCCCCGCCGCUCGCGGAGCCCCGGGGUGAACCGCUCGGCGGAAGGUGCCUUCCUUGCGGCGGGCUCUGAGCUUCCUUCGAGUGGGGAGGCCGAGCCCGGCCGGAGGUUGGCAGACCUCAGUUCUAGUCCCUCGCGGCUGGUUUGUUAAGGUUCUUGAUCUUCCACAAUGGGUGAGCCACAGCAAGUAAGCGCCCUCCCACCCCCUCCGAUGCAGUACAUCAAGGAGUAUACAGAUGAAAAUAUUCAGGAAGGCCUCGCUCCCAAGCCUCCACCUCCAAUAAAGGACAGUUAUAUGAUGUUCGGCAACCAGUUCCAGUGUGAUGAUCUUAUCAUCCGCCCUUUAGAAAGUCAGGGUAUCGAACGGCUUCAUCCUAUGCAGUUUGAUCACAAGAAAGAACUGAGAAAACUCAAUAUGUCUAUCCUUAUUAAUUUCUUAGACCUCUUAGAUAUCUUGAUAAGGAGCCCUGGGAGUAUAAAACGAGAAGAGAAGCUAGAAGAUCUUAAGCUGCUUUUUGUACAUGUGCAUCAUCUCAUAAAUGAAUACCGACCCCACCAAGCAAGAGAGACCUUGAGAGUCAUGAUGGAGGUGCAGAAACGUCAACGCCUUGAGACAGCUGAGAGAUUUCAAAAGCAUCUGGAACGAGUCAUUGAGAUGAUUCAGAAUUGCUUGGCUUCUUUGCCUGAUGAUUUGCCCCAUUCGGAAACAGGGCUGAGAGUAAAAACUGAACCAAUGGAUGCUGAUGAUAGCAACAAUUGUGCUGGACAGGAUGAACAACAAAGAGCAAAUUCAGGUCAUAGGAGAGAUCAGAUUAUAGAGAAAGAUGCUGCUUUGUGUGUCCUAAUUGACGAAAUGAAUGAAAGACCGUGAAGGAUGUUCCUUUUUUUCUUUUUUUUUUUCGUUUCAGUAAAUAGCAUAUAUAUUAGUUAAUUCACUUUUAGAGAGUCUCAAAAGAGAUAGCGCUAGAAGUCUUGCAAGCAGCUUGACUCUCCAACUUUCUCAGUUGUUAGACGUCACAGGCAGUUUAUGGCAUUUCACUUUAUGGCAAGCCUAGGUAAAUGAGUGUGCCUACAUUGCGUAAUCACCUUCAAAAGCAGUGUUUGCCGCUAGUGUGUGGAACAUCCCUGUUUUCGGAGUUACAGUAAACUUUGAAGAUAUCCUCAGUAGUAGUAGGUUUUCAUCCCUGAAAAGUAGAUUUGUCAUUUGCUUUAAGAAUGAUAGAUAAUAAAGGAUAUCAAACUUUAUAAAUAUGAAA